AUGGCCAAAAAAUAUGCCAUAGAGUCUUUUGACAGAUUAUUAAGAGACUUGCUGAAUUGUGACUAUAUCUUUGGUGGAAAAAAAGUUGUUUUUGGUGGAGACCUCCGACAAACUUUGCCUGUGGUGAGAAAAGGUCAACGAGAAGAUUAUGUCUCUGCGUCACUUGUCAAUUCUUACCUAUGGCCUGGCCUGCAAAAGAUCCGACUCACUGAAAAUAUGAGAGUACGGUCAGAUCCUUCAUUUUCUGAUUUUUUACUAAGAAUAGGAAACGGAACAGAGCCAACAAUUUUAGACAACAAAAUCAAGCUUCAUUCUUCAAUGCUCAUACCUUUUAUCGAUGAGAAAACCUCAUUAGACCUUCUCAUAAACACUGUAUAUCCAUCCUUGUCUGAUUUCUUAAACAACAGUUCUGCAGUUACUAACAGAGCCAUUUUGAGUACAACAAAUGACACUGUUCAUGAAGUCAAUCAAAUUUUGAUUCAAAGUUUUCCAGGACAAGAAACAAAAUACAUCAGCUUUGAUCAAACACUUGAUCCAACAAAACAAGCUGAUCAUGGAGAUUUCCUAAAUUCCAUUCAGCCUCCUGGAUUGCCCCCACAUGAACUAAUUUUAAAACCAAUGUGUCCAGUUAUACUUCUUAGAAAUCUUAACCUUGCACCAGGUUUAUGCAAUGGAACAUGUCUCAUUUGUUUAAAUUUUGAUAAGAAUGUAAUACAUGCUAAGAUUUCAGUUGGCAUUCAUGCUGGUAAGCAUGUUUUCAUUCCUCGCAUUCCAUUGCAUAGUUCAAAUGAUGAAUCUUACCCAAUACCCUUCAAGCGAACUCAAUUUCCAAUUUCAUUAUGCUUUGCUAUGACAAUCAAUAAAUCACAAGGACAAAUACUUGAUUUUGUUGGAAUAUACUUAAAGGAACAUGUCUUUUCACAUGGACAAUUAUAUGUUGCAUUGUCAAGAGCAAAAACCUCAGGAAAUGUGAAGAUCUUGCUAAGACCUGUUACUGUCCAUUCUACAGAAACCAGCUAUACUCGAAAUAUUGUUUAUCAUGAAAUCCUAGCUGCUGCAGCUGAUAUUUGA